AUGGUAACAGCUGUAUUAUUGGUGCAGAAGGCAACCCCAGAAACAAUCACUCAAUUACAUGAUCAACUCUCAAAUGAAUUACCAACCUUAAAGGGGAAAUGGAGUUUUACAUUCAAGAUAUUUCGUAAUAAUCCAUUCUCAAUACCCCAAGAGAUAGCAGAAACUACUGAUGUAGCACCAACUUCUAAGUUCCUUUUUACAUUACAACCAUCAUAUUUACCUGAUUCUACUAUAACCGUAAUAGAUGGGAAAUCAGCUGGAGUUUUCACAAAUUUAAUUCAAGAAGAAGUAAAAGAAUUAGGACACCCCACUGAACUAAGUAUACCCAAUACUCAUCUUCAUAAGGGUGCUACUAGUGGAUUAAAUGAUAAUUUUGAUUUUUUUGUUGGUCAAAAAUUACAAAGUUUAUGGAAUCAACGACAAAUAAUUAAAGGUGAUGGUGGACAAAUUUAUGAAUUAGAGAAUGGGAAUUUAUUUAUUAAAACUUCAAAUGUAUUUUUACAUGGGAAUUUUAGAGGUUUAUUAAUUCAAAUAGAUUUAAAUGAUAACUUGUUAGGUGAUAAAGAUUCACAAUCAUUACAUGAUUUAUUUAUAACAAUUAGAAAUAAAUAUGGGAUACCAGAAGGUAAUCUUUGUUGUGAUGUUUUAGAUAAAAAAUGUUUAGAUAAAUAUGGUGAUCUUUGUUAUCAAUAUUCAGAGAUUCUUAACUUUUAA